AUAAAUAAUUAAGUGAUAUUUGAAUUUUGAUACAAUAGAUAAAACGAUGGUAUGCAGAAGCUAUUAUUAAACAGCUUGAUACUAAUUGUCAUGAUUUUACAAGAAAUUAAUAAUGAAUCUCGGCAUAAAAACGAAUCCUCAUUUAAAACUUCUUUGAACAAGUACUCAGUAUUCAGCGGUGAUGGAGGAGCCUCAAUCCAAUUAAUGUAUAUUACCAUGUAACAUCGUAGUCAUUCUCAAUAUGGAAACUUUGGACUUCGGAGCCUUAACAUUCAACCGCAAAAUGAAAAAAUCUCCAGGGCGUCGUUUUUUGUUCAUAAAUGGCCUGUGAAUAGUAAUAACCCAGGGGUGUUCUUGGCCCAGCCCAACCUUGUACAGGCAAUGGGACCAGCAGUUUUAUAAUCUUAUAAAUAUACAAAUAAUGGGAGAAAUAGAGACUAAUAUUAUCAAUAUAGAGAUACCUCUCGUCCCAAAUGCGAAGAAAAUCCCCCACGACGGCAGUUUAAGCUAUAUCCGGCAUUGACAAGGCAACGACACUGAUGGCCAAAGAGUUGAUUGUUCAACUGGCCUUUCUAAUCCUAACUUUGUCAAUUCUUUACGUUGUGCACAAUCUUCGCAAGCAGCCGGGUCAACUCAGGGCUCGAAGCAGGGACCGAGAUAACCACCAAUCGAACCGCCAUUUGGUCCAGGGAUCUCGCCUUCUGGCUCGAGCCAGAUCCAACUCCCAUGGACCGCGAUCAAUGGCCCAUGCCAAAAGCGCUCUGAUAGAAGCCGACCAAGCUCUUUCUCUCUCACCCAGGGACCCUGCAGCUCACAUCCUUAAAGCUCUCGCUCUCGAUCUCAUGGGUCACCACGCCGCCGCGCUCAGGUCGAUGGACUCCGCUCUGUCUGUGCCCCACGUGAAGUCGCUAUCGGCGGCCGAGCGCGAAGACGCACUCGUAAAGAGGGCGGAGUUGAAAUUGGCAGUGAAUCAACGUCGGCGAGUUGACUCGGCGUUGGAGGAUCUGGAUGAGGCGGUGAGGCUGAGCCGGGGGAGCAACACGACAGCGUUCUGUUUACUAGGGGAGUGUUACGAGUGGAAGGGGAUGAAAGAGAAGGCCAAGGAAGCGUUCCAGAGAGCCAUUGAAAUUGACCCUGAUUCAGUGAAGGCUCGUAGUGGGCUGGAUCGAUUAGGCCCAUAAUAAUUUAAAGCCCCUUUUUAAGGGAAGCCCAAGAUCCCAAACCGAUCUUUUUCUGGGCCUUUCAACCCAAUGCCAUUUUGCUAGUGGAUGAUUUGUACUUGCUUUUCCCCAAAAUCCCAAACAAUUGUAGAAUGGUAGUGAUGAUAAGCAGCAUUAAAAAUUUGGUGGAUAAAUGUCCAUCCCUUUUUGCUGAUCAAUGGUCACCUUUAAUUAA